GGGAGUCACUGCAGGGUGGCCUGGGUGACUGCUCACCAGCCUGGCCCUCCCCAGGGUUCUGGGCCAGAGCCUUCCUGGCCGUUGGAGCAGGAGCUGUGGGUGGAACACUUUUGAGUUGGGAGAUUGCCUCGGACCUCCAGACGCCAAACAUCUCAGCACAUCCCGCUCUGGGCUUUAAACGUGACCCCUCGCCUCGCCCUGCCCUGUGAAAAUGUUGGUGCUUCUUGCUUUCAUCAUCGCCUUCCACAUCACCUCUGCAGCCUUGCUGUUCAUUGCCACCAUCGACAAUGCCUGGUGGGUAGGAGAUGAGUUUUUUGCAGAUGUCUGGAGAAUAUGUACCAACAACACGAAUUGUACAGUAAUCAAUGACAGCUUUCAAGAGUACUCCACGCUGCAGGCGGUCCAGGCCACGAUGAUCCUCUCCACCAUUCUCUGCUGCAUCGCCUUCUUCAUCUUCGUGCUCCAGCUCUUCCGCCUGAAGCAGGGAGAGAGGUUUGUCCUAACCUCCAUCAUCCAGCUAAUGGCAUGUCUGUGUGUCAUGAUUGCGGCCUCCAUUUAUACAGACAGGUGUGAAGAUAUUCACGAGAAAAACAUGCAAUUCUAUUACAUGACCGAAGGCGGCAGCUACGGCUACUCCUACAUCCUGGCGUGGGUGGCGUUCGCCUGCACCUUCGUCAGCGGCAUGAUGUACCUGAUACUGAGGAAGCGCAAAUAGAACCCCGAGCUGGGUUGCUUUCACUGCCGUACAGAAUCCACAUUCAGAUAACCAUUUUGUAUAUAAUCAUUAUUUUUUUGAGGUUUUUCUAGCAAACGUAUUGUUUCCUUUAAAAGCCAAAAAGAAAAAAAAAAAAGAAAAAGAAAAAGAAAAAGAAAAAAAUCCAAAAGAGAGAAGAGUUUUUGCAUUCUUGAGAUCAGAGAAUAGACUAUGAAGGCUGGUAUUCAGAACUGCUGCCCACUCAAAAGUCUCAGCAAGACACAAGCAAAAAUCCAGCAAUGCUCAAAUCCAAAAGCGCUCGACCGGACAUUUCUUAACUGUGGGGCUGUGAUGGGAGGAGACGAGAGGCUGGGAAAGCCGGGUCUCUGGGGAUGAGCUUCCUAUAGGUUUCAGCCGGCCCAAGCCCCGCCCAAAUCUCUCUGCUAGUGGUGGGUGGAAGAGGGUGAAGUGGGGUAUAGAAGAAUGACAGCUUCCUGAGAGGUUUAGGCCGAGUUCCAGGUGAGAAGCAGGUGUAGCCCCUGGCGUUCUGUCUGUAUCCAAACCAGAGCCCGAACGACCCUCUGGUAUAGGGGUGGGUCAGAAAGUCUCACCUCAAUUUGCCGACAGCGUCACCUGCUUGCCUUAGGAAUGGUGAUCCUUUACCUGUGUGCCAGAUUUAGACUCAGCUUCAGGCAAAACCUACAGCGCCCCCCCUCACCCCAGACCUACAGAAUCGGAGUCUUCAAGGGAUGGGGCUGGGGAAUCUGCAUUUCUAACACGCUCCCUGGACAAUGCUUCAGAUGCAUUGCAGUUGGGGACCACAGUCCCUGGGCCGGGUGAGCAGAACUGCCUCAAAAAUGCUAGGAUGUCAUCAUGUGGAGAUGAGGAGGUGAAUGUAACCCCCACAGCAGGCCAAAACCUUGGCCUCCAUUGCCACAGCUGUCUACAUCUAGGGCCCAAACCCCAUUCCUGGGCCAUGUGAACUCAUAGAUACCUUCAGGGAGUGGGGUGCAACCUCCUUCCCAUCCUAUCCCAGAAGGCCUCUCCCUUCUUGUCCAGCCCUUUAUGCUAUACUUGGCUGGCCUCUCACCCCUAUUUCUAGAGCCUCAGAGGACCCACUCACUAUUCAUUCAUUCAUUCAUUCAUUCAUUCAUUCAUUCAUCGACAUAAAUCAUGACUUGCAUGCGUGUGCCAGGCACAGGAGAUACCCUAUCGAAACAAUGUCCUCCUAGGGCUCAUGGCCUAGUGGAGGAGACAGAUUAAAAAUUAAUUAGAAAAACUGGCUGUGUGCAGUGGCUCACCUUUGUAAUCCCAGUACUUUGGGAGGCCAAGGCAGGUGGAUCACCUGAGGUCAGGAGUUUGAGACCAGCCUGGCCAAAAUGGUGAAACCCCGUCUCUACUAAAAAUACAAAAAUGAGCUGGGUAUGGUGAUACGCGCCUGUAAUCCCAGCUAUCAGGUGGCUGAGGGAGGAGAAUCACUUGAACCAGGAAGCAAGAGGUUGCAGUGAGCCAAGAUUGUGCCACUGCACUCCAGCCUGGGCAACAGAGUGAGACUCCAUCUCAAAAAAAGAAAAGAAACUAAUUACACACUGUGAUGGAGGCUGCAAAGAACAUCACUAAGAAUUCAAAAUCAUCUGGGUGCAGUGGGUCACGCCUGUAAUCCCAGCACUUUGGGAGGCCGAGGCAGGUGGAUCACGAGGUCAGGAGUGUAAGACCAGCCUGGCCAACAUAGUGAAACCCUGUCUCUACUAAAAAUACAACAAAAUUAGCCAGGCGUGGUGGCAGGCGCCUGUAAUACCAGCUACUUGGGAGGCUGAGGCAAGGAGAAUUGCUUGAACCUGGGAGGCGGAGGUUGCAGUGAGCCGAGAUUGCACCGCUGUACUCCAACCCAGGCGACAGUCUGAGACUGUCUCAAAAAAUACAUAUAAAAUAAAAUAAUUCAAAAUCGAGACCUGUGACAUGGGAGGGAAUCUGCUUUAUGCGUGCCUAUUUUUAAAUGCUCCUGGAGGCAUUUAGGCAUUUGGAUCAGUCUAAAUAUAGCUCCAUUCAGUUCGUGCAGAUGACAUUUAUUGGACAGUACCUGUCUGUAACACCCGGAAAACAUGUCUGUGGAGAGGCCCAUGGUCCCAACAGUAAAUGUGGUGAGAGGGUCCCAUAGAGCCAGAGUUUUCAAGCUUUAGGGGUUCCCAUGCCACUUGGGACAGGCUGAUUCAGCGGGUCUGGGUGAAUGUUUUGAAGGUGAUUUUAAGACUGUGGUGAGAAAUAGGGCUUUUAGGGGCUCGUCCUUCAAAUAGGGCUUUUAGGGGCUCGUCCUUGUGGCAAUGCAGGCCACCCAGGAACCAUCCCAGGAGAGAAGCUGUUUGCACCUCAUUGUUUUUUUCUGCUUAAGUUGGAGCAGGAUGCUGGGGGCUGUCCUGGGAGGGGGUGUGGGACCUUGUGCUAUUUAAAUACUUGUGCACUUGACCUUCUGCUGAGUGGAGUGAUGAUUUGCCACCAGCUCAGUUCCAGUGGAGCUGAAGACACGUCUGGCUUGAGUAGUUUUAGGGCCACCAUGGAUAUCUCUUCAAUGCAAGAUUGGCUCUUUCCAUCUACUCUUUCAUUCAUUUGUUUUUGACAGAUAGUAUUAAAUGUUUAUCAUGUUCCAGG